AUGCUCAUCGGAAUCGGGAAGGGGCGCGUCGUGCGGGGGGGGCGGGGCCUGGUCUUGGUCGUUCGUUUGCUCCUGUUCGUGCUCGUGCUCAGGCACGGGCUCCUGCUCGUGGUGUUGUUCGUGCUCAUCGGAGGCGUCCAUAGCGGAAGAGCGGAGAGCGGAAUUGGCUCCCGAGAAGAUCCGGUUCACGGUCUAGCCGCAGAUCCAGAGGGACUGCGAUCGGCUCCUUGA